CGGGAAGAUAAGAGUGGAAACUGGGCAGGGUCUAUCUGCACAUGAAAACACUCUGGUGGGACUUUCUCCUUCGACGGAUGACACUCCGAGACGAGCCUUUAAACUGCGCCGAACUUGGACUGGGCGUCACGUCGGUGUUUCCUGUGGGCGUCGCUGCGCUGACGCCGGCCGUGCUGCUCAACUUUGACAACUGUGGAUUUGUUGUGAGAGCUGAGGCGGAAUGCACGGUUUCGGUGGCUGUUCCCGCUGUGUUUUCUGCUCAGAGCCGUGUCGUGUCGCGGAUCUACGGGGGCCGUGGUUUUUCUGAGCGUGCAGUCAGCAGCAAACAUGCAGCAUGAUGGGGAAGUGCUCCUCUAACUGCCCGCUCUCCUGUUUACACACGGGACGAGUUUGCACGUCGUGCUUGUGCAGAGGCUCCAUGGGUGACCGUCGUGCGUAACGUUGGCUCUCCAUGGAGGACUGCUGGAGGAGCCGCUCAGCACAACCCACACUUUAAGACAGGCAGAGACACUUGAUGCAAGAUGAGUCAAGACCAGGACGGGAUCUGCUUACCGGUACCUUGCUUUGGUGCUGGUCCCCGCAGAGAGCCUCCUUGUGGGGAGAAUAACAGCAGCAGAAGCGCUGGUGGUGGAGGAGGAGGAGGAGGAAUCCCUGCAGCUGGGACUUUCUGGCAGGACUCGGUGUUGGGAGGCGGGGGGCUCAGCCCGACCCCCGGUAGCUGCCCGAUGGACGGCGGAGGUUUGCUGUCCACCGGUAAGACCUGCAAGAACAGGCCGGUGACGGUGGCGUACGUGGUGAACGGAGAGGCGAGCCAGCAGAACAACGCGGAGAGCAUGGCCCUGCAGUGUCUGAAGGACGCCUGCGACACGGUGGGCAGCAAGCUGGAGACCGUCAACUUUGGCAAACUGGACUUUGGGGAGACCACAGUGCUGGACCGCUUUUACAAUGCAGACAUCGCAGUGGUGGAGAUGACAGAUGCCUUCCGCCAGCUUUCGCUCUUCUACCACCUGGGAGUCAGAGAGAGCUUCAGCAUGGCCAACAACAUCAUCCUGUACUGUGACACUAACUCUGACUCCCUCCAGUCCCUGCAGGAAAUCAUUUGCCAGAAGAACACUACAAGCUCAGCAAACUACACCUUCAUCCCGUACAUGGUGACGCCCCACAACAAGGUGUACUGCUGUGAGAGCAGCCUGAUGAAGGGCCUGACCGAGCUGAUGCAGCCCAGCUUUGAAAUGCUGCUGGGGCCCAUCUGCAUGCCGCUGCUGGACCGCUUCAUCCAGCUGCUCAAAGUGUCAGAGGCCAACUCCCACCAGUAUUUCCGUGAGACGAUUUUGAACGAGAUCCGUAAAGCUCGGGAGUUGUACACUGGCAUGGAGCUGGCUGCUGAGCUCAGCCGAAUCCAGCAGCGGCUGGACAACGUCGAGUGCCUUUCAGUCGAUGUCGUCAUCAACCUGCUGCUGACAUACAGGGACAUCCAGGAUUAUGAGUCCAUUGUAAAGCUGGUAGAGACUCUGGAGAAGCUUCCAACCUUUGACCCUGUGGCUCAUCCUCAUGUGAAGUUCCAUUAUGCCUUUGCACUGAAUCGGAGGAACCUGCCGGGCGACAGACAGAAAGCUCUGGACAUAAUGCUGCCCUUGGUGGAGGGAGAAGAGCAGGUAGCAUCGGACAUCUACUGCUUAGUGGGACGGAUCUACAAGGACAUCUUCCUGGAGUCUCAUUUUACCGACACGCAGAGCAGAGACAGUGGCACAAUCUGGUUUAAAAAGGGGUUUGAGUCAGAACCAACACUACACUCUGGUAUCAACUAUGCUGUUCUACUCCUGGCAGCUGGACACCAGUUUGACACAUCUUUCGAGCUCCGCAAAGUGGGAGUUAAGCUGAGCAGCUUGCUGGGUAAAAAAGGCAGUCUGGACAAGCUACAAAGCUACUGGGAUGUAGGCUUUUUCUUGGGCGCCAGCAUCCUGGCCUGUGACAACACCAGGGUCAUCCAGGCUUCUGAGAAACUCUUCAAACUCAAAGCCCCCAUCUGGUAUCUGCGCUCGCUGGUGGAGACCUUCUUGAUCUACCAGCACUUCAAAAAGCCCGGCGUGGAGCAGCCGGCCCCCAAACAGGAGUUGGUGGACUUUUGGAUGGACUUCCUUGUGGAGGCGACCAAAAAAGAUGUCUCAUCUGUCCGAUUCCCUGUGUUGAUAUUAGAGCCCACUAAAGUGUACCAGCCUUCAUAUUUGUCCAUAAACAAAGACGUUGAUGACAACACAGUGUCUAUCUGGCAUGUGGCUCCUGAUGAUAAGCACAAGGGAAUACAUGAGUGGAACUUCAGCGCCACAUCUGUACGAGGUGUCAGCAUUUCCAAGUUUGAUGAACGCAGUGCCUUUCUGUACGUCCUUCACAAUGCAGAAGACUUCCAGAUCUAUUUCUGUACAGAGAUGCACUGUAAAAGAUUCUGUGAUCUGGUCAACAGCAUAACAGAGGAGGCCUGGAAAAGUCCCGAAGAAGGAGACUGUGACACUGAUGCCUUAGAGUACGACUAUGAGUACGAUGAGCAUGGAGAGAGAGUGGUUCUGGGAAAAGGCACGUUCGGGGUGGUGUACGCGGGCCGAGACCUCAGCAACCAGGUCCGACUGGCCAUCAAAGAGAUACCAGAGAGAGACAGCAGAUACUCUCAGCCGCUCCAUGAGGAGAUUGCCCUUCACAAGCACUUAAAGCACAAGAACAUUGUCCAGUACGUGGGCUCCAUCAGUGAGAACGGCUUCAUCAAGAUCUUCAUGGAGCAGGUGCCUGGAGGGAGUCUGUCUGCUUUGCUGAGGUCCAAGUGGGGCCCACUGAAAAACAACGAGCCCACCAUUGGCUUCUACACACGGCAGAUCCUGGAGGGGCUCAAAUACCUCCACGACAACCAGAUAGCACACAGAGACAUCAAGGGUGAUAAUGUCCUCAUCAACACCUACAGUGGCGUCCUGAAGAUAUCAGAUUUUGGCACAUCUAAAAGGUUAGCUGGGAUCAACCCGUGCACUGAGACUUUCACAGGUACAUUGCAAUACAUGGCUCCUGAGAUUAUAGACAAGGGUCCUCGGGGAUACGGCAAACCAGCAGACAUCUGGUCCCUGGGCUGCACCAUUAUCGAGAUGGCCACUGGUAAACCACCUUUCUAUGAACUUGGAGAACCACAAGCUGCCAUGUUCAAGGUGGGUAUGUUUAAGAUCCAUCCAGAGAUCCCAGAGUCCAUGUCGCUGGAAGCCAAAGCCUUCAUUCUACGGUGCUUUGAGCCCGACCCAGACCGGCGUGCCACCGCCUUCGACCUGCUCACGGAUGAGUUCCUCACCGUCACCAGCCGCAAGAAGAAGAGCAAGAGCAGCUUUACAGCUCUGUCACCAGGGUCAGAGUACCUCCGCAGUAUCUCCCUGCCUGUGCCGGUGGUGGUGGAGGACACCAGCAGCAGCAGCGAGUACGGCUCCGUCUCCCCUGACAACGACCUCAACUCCAACCCCUUCAUCUUCAAGCCCAGUGUCAAGUGCUACAGUGAGAGGGAUGUCAAGGGGCCGAGGUCCCUCUUUCUCAGCAUUCCAGUGGAGAAUUUUGAGGACCACAGUGCCCCUCCAUCUCCUGAUGAGAAGGACUCGGGCUUCUUUAUGCUUCGAAAGGACAGCGAGAGGCGAGCCACCCUGCACCACAUCCUGACCGAGGAUCAGGACAAGGUGGUGACCAACCUCAUGGAGGCCCUCACACAGGGCUCUGAGGAAAUGAAGCUGAAACCUCAGCACAUCUCCACCCUUGUAGUGAGUCUAGCUGACUUUGUUCGCAUGGCAGACAGGAAAAUUAUCGCCACCACCCUGUCUCAACUCAAGUUGGAGCUGGACUUUGACAGCACCGCCAUCAGUCAGCUGCAGGUUGUGCUGUUUGGCUUCCAGGACGCUGUAAACAAAGUGCUGCGAAACCACAACAUCAAGCCUCACUGGAUGUUUGCUUUGGACAACAUCAUCCGCAAAGCUGUGCAGACUGCCAUCACAAUCCUGGUGCCAGAGCUGAGGCCUCACUUCAGUCUGGCCUCAGAAAGUGACCCGGCCGAUCAGGACGACGUUGAUGACGAUGCUGAGCCAGACAGAAACUCCACCCACCAGAGCCGAGCGCCUCCCGUCGCUGCUCACGACGACACAGUGGCUACGUCGGGAGUCAGCACACUCAGUUCCACCGUCUCCCAUGAAUCCCAUAAUGCUCAGCGCUCUGUGAGCAUGGAGCUGGGCAGGAUGAAGCUGGAGACCAACAGGCUGCUGGAACAGCUGCUGGAGAAGGAGAGGGAGUAUCAGGCCAUCCUGCAACAAGUGCUGGAAGAGAGAGAGCAGGAGAUCAGACUACUGAGGCUGCGAUCUGAGCCCACAGAUGCCCCCACAUCAUCAGAUGGCCUGGAGGGAGAGACGAGUCAACAUGCAGAGAGACAUGAAGACCCAGAGCUGACCAGCUGGCUGAGGCUUUACGGUGCUGACCAGGACUCCAUAGACAGGAUACUGAAUGAGGAGUAUACAUUGAACGACAUCCUCCACGAUGUAACGAGAGAUGAUCUGAAGAGUUUAAGACUGAGAGGUGGAGUCUUGUGUAAACUAUGGAAGGCCAUCACAGACUACAGGCAGAAGCCGACCUAAGGCCUUAAGUGGCGAUAACCACUCAGAGAAGCCAGGACAACAGCAGCAUUCUCCUCUUUACCUCAGUAUUUAUAAGAGCAAAUCUUUUAGGAGAAAAGCCUGUGUUCCCCAUGUGUGCAGAGCAGCUUUACGCCCACACAAAAAUCUCCUGGAGUAUUUUAUAAUUUUCAAACAAGGAUUUUAGACAUUUGGUCCUUUUGAAAGCAUGAAUUACUAAAAAGUGCCACUAGUUUUAUUAUGCCUGAUUGACACAACACAGCUUUUGUUACAGGUGUGUUUAAAAAUGACAGUUGAUGGGAAAAUCUAUUGUUAAAAUCUUGAAAGCUGUCAACAAAACAAGAUGAAAUGUUUACAAAACUGGAGACUGACCGUUUUCUAACACAAGCCUGAGACACAAAAUACUACAUUCAGCAUCAUCUGUACUAAUAUUUUUAUCAUAACAUCUUAUCACUACUUUAUUUAAAUGUAUUUUAAUUUAAUUGUCAUGGUGAUCUGAAGGAUGUCAGUGCAUGCCCUUUUUUUGUUUUUUUUUUUCAAUCCAAACUGAGACUUAUUUAAUUUGUCAAUGUUUUUUCACAUUUCCUUUUAUAAUAUGAAGCUCCAAUUUUAUUUUUAAGAAGCUGAUUAUGUAAAUAUUGUGUUAUAGAAUUCUAUGUGAAUGACAUUUACAUUCUUCAUUGUAAGACAUUGAUAAAGAUAAUUACAUCUCCAUGUGGUUUGGGCCAAGUUUAUUAUGAACACGUGAAAAAUGUAUAUUGUUGUAUUUUUUAGUGUCACAAAUCAUAGGAGAUAAUAUUCAGUGAACAAUUAAUAUUACAUCAAAUAUUUGUUGUAUUGUUGUACACUGACAGAAAUUGUGUUUAUCUUGCUUGUGUGGAUUUGAUCAUUCAAUCAGCUGUUUGUUGUAAUGAAAUUUAAAACAAAUUUAUAUUAAAGAGAGCCUUGACUGUUUUUUUUAAA